AUGGCUGACAUAGUCCGUGCUGCUCGGGUUUCUCGCUUCUGGCGUGACAUAUGUGAAGAUGACCGCAUGUGGCGUUUGAAAUGUGAGCGAGAAGGCCUAGAACCACUGCCAGUACCAAGUGAACGCGUAGCAGGCGCAUGGGAACAGACAGCAAUGGGUAAUGGCGUCACUGUAGUGGAUCAUUAUAAGGGAGCAGAAUUGGAGCAACAUCGCAAGAUCAGGGGACAAAGUUAUGGAAGUGUGUAUUCACGCUCCGUGUGGAAGGCUACAUAUUUGCGCCGAUGCAGAAUAGCUGCAAACUGGAGACGUUUACCGAUCGGAGGAAGCAUGGUAUUGAGAGGUCAUGAAGAGCAUGUGAUCACUUGUUUGCAGAUCCAAGGCGAUAUGCUCGUAACUGGUUCCGAUGACAAUACACUGAGGGUUUGGAGCAUCGAACAGGGCAAGCUUCUCUUCACUCUCGUUGGUCAUACAGGAGGUGUAUGGACCUCUCAACUAUCGACAGACGGAAAGUACAUCAUUAGUGGUUCCACUGAUCGUACUGUGAAGGUAUGGUCAGCAAAGGACGGCUCACUGAUUCACACACUCCAUGGGCACACAAGCACGGUGCGGUGCAUGAGCCUCUGUCGCAACAUUUUGGUGUCGGGCUCACGCGACACAACGCUAAGAGCGUGGAAUGUCGACACAGGAGUAUGCGAACAGUAUCUCGCUGGUCACGUAGCAGCUGUGCGGUGCGUGCAGUUCGACCUCGAUGACGGUCGUAUUGUAUCAGGAGCCUAUGAUUUUACUAUAAAGCUUGAUGCACAACGCAAUAUUGUGGUCAGUGGUAGCUUGGAUACUACCAUACGAGUGUGGGAUAUUUCAAAAGGAGCAUGCAUAAGUGUCCUCUCUGGUCACCAUUCGUUGACGUCGGGAAUGCAGUUGAGAGGUGACAUCCUGGUAUCGUGCAAUGCAGAUAGCGAUGUUCGGGUCUGGAAUAUACGAGACGGUUCGUGUAUGUAUCGCCUUCAUGGUCCAAAUGGGCACACAUCGGCGAUCACUUCACUUCAAUUCCUUGAAAAUGGCAUUGUAGUAACUAGUGGCGAUGAUGGAGCCGUCAAGUUAUGGGAUGUAGUAAAAGGAGAAUUUGUUCGUGAUCUUGUUCGCUUAUCAUCGGGUGGAAGCGGUGGAUGUAUCUGGCGCCUGAAAGCCACUAACAAUCUGCUGGCAUGUGCGGCUGGUUCUCGUAACGGCACCGAAGACACGAAAAUCAUAUUACUGGAUUUCGACGCUGGGUAUCCUUAG